CGUUACGAGCAAUGCCACUCUUUUGUUAAGUAAAGUGGUGAGAACAUCUCCUUAAAAACACGCUUUAUCCACUCAGAUGGUCAUUAUUAGCAGCUCGUCUGGUGACAUUUUACGCUCGGCCCAGUUGAUCUAAACCCCCUUUUUGAUCGUUUCCUAGCAACGAGGACUUAUUUUGGUAGAGUUCGGCUAACGCUAUCGUGUUAGCUCGAUGUCGCUGCACGGCAAAAGAAAAGAGAUCUAUAAAUACGAGGCGCCAUGGACGGUGUAUGCCAUGAACUGGAGCGUCCGCCCGGACAAACGCUUUCGGCUGGCCCUUGGCAGCUUCGUGGAGGAGUAUAAUAACAAGGUGCAGCUGGUGGGUCUGGAAGAGGAGAGCUCAGAGUUCGUCUGCAGGAACACGUUUGACCAUCCUUACCCCACCACCAAGAUCAUGUGGAUUCCAGACACUAAGGGGGUUUACCCAGACCUGCUGGCCACCAGUGGGGACUACCUGCGUAUAUGGAGGGUCAGCGACACAGAAACACGUCUCGAAUGUUUGCUGAAUAACAACAAGAACUCAGACUUCUGCGCUCCGCUCACCUCCUUCGACUGGAAUGAGGUUGAUCCCAAUCUGCUGGGCACGUCCAGCAUUGACACCACCUGUACUAUCUGGGGGUUGGAGACCGGUCAGGUGUUGGGACGAGUCAACCUGGUGUCCGGUCAUGUGAAGACCCAGCUGAUCGCUCACGACAAAGAGGUGUAUGACAUCGCGUUCAGCCGUGCAGGAGGUGGUAGAGACAUGUUCGCCUCUGUGGGAGCCGACGGUUCGGUCCGCAUGUUCGACCUGCGGCACCUGGAGCACAGCACCAUUAUUUAUGAAGAUCCCCAACACCACCCGCUGCUCCGCCUCUGCUGGAACAAGCAGGACCCCAACUACCUGGCCACGAUGGCAAUGGACGGCAUGGAGGUGGUCAUCUUGGAUGUUCGUGUUCCCUGCACGCCUGUGGCUCGGCUGAACAACCAUCGUGCCUGUGUUAACGGCAUCGCCUGGGCUCCCCACUCCUCAUGUCACAUCUGUACCGCAGCCGAUGACCACCAGGCCCUGAUAUGGGACAUCCAGCAGAUGCCGCGGGCCAUUGAAGAUCCCAUCCUGGCCUACACAGCCGAAGGGGAGAUCAACAACGUGCAGUGGGCCUCCACACAGCCGGACUGGAUCGCCAUCUGCUACAACAACUGCCUGGAGAUACUGCGUGUCUGAAGUUAAACCACAGACACUCAGACGGAGAAGAAGAAGAAGAAGAAGAAGAGGAGAAGGGGCGUUGUUUCAGAUUUGGACUUAAUUAUUAUUAUUGUUUUUUGUUUUUUUUGUCCUCGUCCCACUGAUUUCAAAACGAGGACGAAGUCACGUGUGAACUUUCUGAACGUGUCCGGAGUAUCCCGCACCUACUCCACAAUAACCUGGUUUACAUCUUUUUUUCUUCUUCUUCCACGUCUUUUACUCCAUACUAUUUCUUCUUCUAAAAUGUGUUUUUAAAAGAAGAAAAAAAGCUCUUAUUUAUUUUAUUAUUUUCUCUCUUUUUUUUUUGCUCAAAUGGUAGUGUUCAGCAUCUGUAAAAAACAAACAAACAAAAAAACAACAACAACAACAGGAUUUUAUACUUCUCUUGGUGUGAGUUUUGAUUUCGGCCGGCUGUGAGAUUAUCAUGAAGGGUUUAUAUAGAUGUCGUGUGGGUUUUUUUCAUCCGUUUUUGAUUUUGUAAAGGUUGAUACAAACUCCUGUAGGUGGCAGACAACCUCUCUUUCCCUCUCUCUAAUAUGUAGGAAAUAUGUUGUAGCCUUCUCGUGGACUCUCAUACAAGGAUCAAUAUAUUAUAGUCUUGUUUACCCCUGUGGCAAUUUAAACUGUUCAAUAUCCUCCCCUCUCUCUCUCUCUUUCUCCCCCUUUCUCUUUUUUCUCUCUCACUCUCUCUCCAAAUGAUUGUAUCCAGGCUCAAGCUUGUGGUCCUGUACAACUUUUUUUUAUAUUUAAAAAAAGCUGUAAAAAAAUAAGCUGAGAGGGAUUCAUAUCGUCACUGCAGUGCUGUCUGUCAUCAUAUGGUGUGUUUUAGUUCGGCUGGUGAUGCUGUGUGUGUGUGUGUGUGUGUGCGUGUGCGUGUGCGUGUGCGUGAGUGUGAGAGGCAGCCCAUGUACAGCAAUACUCAAGAACCUACCAGAGCAAUGUUAUUCAGCCUUUUUAGCCUCCUUAUUAUUCUCUCUUCUCCUCUCUUUUUUUUUUAUUUGUAUAAGAUUGUGCUGCUUCUUCUUCUUCUCCUCUCUCGUCGAGACUUGUGUUAGAGUGAGUUGUGAAGUGAACGAGGAGGAGAUUGAUAACAACUUUCUGACUUGACUGAGUGUCUGUGUCUGCCUCUAUUUCUAUUUCUCUCUUUCUGUUGUUUUUUUCCCCUAAUACUUAAAGGGUCAUGUCCUUGUAGCAUGCCAUUUACAAGGCAAAAUGUACAUACAUAUAAAUAUAUCGACUUAAGACAUUGGUAAGCCAAGUGUUCAUGUUGUAGCUUUUUUCAUAAAGUUUAUUAUUGAAUUUGCUCUAAUAAAUUGUAUUCCUCCAUGUCUUAGGAA